AUGGCAACCCUCAGCACCGCAACGUGGAUAGCCUCACUCACCUACAACGACCUCCCUCAGGGCGUUAAAGAAGCAGCCGUACGCUCCUUCUACAACUGGGUCGGCUGCGCCAUCGGCGGAAGCUCCCAUCCGACAACCCUGACGGCAACCAAAGCCCUCUCGCCCUUUUUUGGAAAGGAAACUUCUUCAGUACUUGGAUUCGAUCGUCGCAUCGAUGCGCAACACGCCGCUCUCAUCAACGGCAUCGCGUCGCAUGUCCACGAUUACGAUGACACGCAUCUCGAGACGAUUGUUCAUCCGACUGGAUCCGUCGCGUCCGCGCUGCUGAGUUACGCAGAGACGCUGCAGCGCCCGGUCGCGGGGGAGGAAUUCAUCACGGCAUUGGUCGCCGGCAUCGAGGUUGAGUGCAAGGUAGCCUUGGCCGUAUACCCAGAGCACUAUGAUAUCGGAUGGCACAUCACAAGCACAACAGGCUCCAUCGGCGCCGCCGCCGCCAUCGCAAAACUCCUCGCCCUCCCGGCAGACAAAACAGCCCACGCCAUCGGCAUCGCCGCAACGCAAGUCACUGGCCUACGCGAGAUGUUCGGCUCUGACACGAAAUCAUUUCACGUCGGACGCGCCGCCCAGAAUGGGCUUCUUGCUGCCGUCUUAGCUGCAGAAGGAUUCACGAGCUCACCCAAGGCGCUGGAAGCUGAGCGGGGCUGGGCCAAGGUCGCCAGUACGAAGGAAAACUUGAAUGAGCUUGUUCAGAGUCUUGGACAGGGAGGGCCGGGCAAGUGGGAGAUUGAGAAGAAUUCGUUCAAGCCUUUUCCGUGUGGCAUCGUUAUCCAUCCGGUUAUUACGGGCGCUGUAUGGCUGCAUCAUGAACUGAAGAGACGAGGCAUCUCCACGGAGGAGGUCGCGAGUGUCGACGUGACGGUUCAUUAUCUUGUGCUCGAGCUCACUGGUAAGAAAACACCAAAGGAUGGUCUUGAAGCCAAGUUCAGCGUUUACCACGGCGGCGCGGUGGGCUUGUUGUAUGGGAGGGCGACUGUAGUUGAGUACGAGGACGCACUGGUCACCAGCGCGGCUGUUGUUAGCUUGAGAGACCGUUUCAAGGCGACAGUUGACGAGUCUAUGAGGGCCGAUGAGUGUCAUUUGGUGGUCAAGCUGCACGGUGUCGAGGACCCGAUUGAGAAGCACGUCAACCAUGCACUUGGAAGCGUCGAAGUGCCCAUGUCGGAUGACCAGCUGACGGAGAAGUUCAUCACGCAGGCGGCGCUUCAGGUUGGUGCGGAAAAGGCAGAGAAGGCAAGUCAGUGGUGUUGGGGUGUGGUUGGAUCAGGGGACAUGAGAGAGCUUGGAGGGAUUGUCUAG